AUGAAAGUAAUUACAUAUUUAAUUUAUUUUAUUGCAAGUAUUUUUUUAGUUGUUGUUGUUGGUGCAACAACAACCGCAACUACUACUCCUGCUACACCAAAAAAUUCAAUAUCAGAAUCUUACUUCGCCAUAAGAACUGAUGUAAGAAAGUGUUCAAGUUGCGGUGGUUUCUUUUUACGUGAAAUUGGUUCAUCAAAUAAAACUGAAAUUUAUGUAAAAUCAUUGAAUCAAGUAUCUGAAACUGUCAAAGAAUCACAAUACAAAUUUGCUCCAAAUUUCAAUGUAGUUGUAAAAGGUCAAAUCACUAAUGACAAUACCAUAGUAGUUUCACAAAUAUUUAGACUUUUACCAAAGAUCAAUAGUACAAUUAAUAUUGAUUUAGAAAUUGAUAAUUUCUAUACAACAAUUAAUCCAAAUGGUAAUGAAAAUACUACAACAAUUGAAAUUAAAAAAUUAAACUCAAAUAAACCAUCAAUGAAAGUUAAAUCAAUUAAAAAUAGUAAUGAUGAUAUAUUUUUCAUUCCAACUGAUUGGUUAUCAUAUAAAGUUAAUUCUGCUCAAUCAGUAUAUACAAUUACUAAAAGUAAAAAUUCAAAAACAACAACAACUAUUGAUUACAUGUUUAUUAGUUUACCAGAUCCAAAAUUUUCUCCAAAAGUUUUAAUUCCUGUUAUUUGUAAAAAUGAAACUGUUCCAACCUAUACUAGUAGUGCUGCACGUUGUUUGAUAUUCUCUGGUUGUGUCCAUCCAGGUCCAUGCCCAUUCAUGAUUCCAGUUUGUCCAGAUGGUUAUACAAAGAGUUCUUAUCCAAUUAAACCAAAUGCUUGUCCACACUACUCUUGUCUUCCUUCCUUUUUAUCUCAAUGA